UCCCUUAUUGAUCGAUUCUAGUACAAAUUGGGAGGAAAUGGGUUGCAUUAACUCUAAGAAGGCAAUUGCCAGAGAUUCACCUCAACAUGUGCUUUCGGUAUCGGCAACCACCGACAAGAGGUCUGCUGUUGCGGAGCCUCCUUCCAGAGUCCAAUCUGGGGUUCUGAUUUUUGGGACCAAAGCGGAGCAAGCAUCGCAGGAUCGGAUACAGGAUGGGAAAAGAUUUAAGAGGAACAGUUCUAAAGGAACUGGCUCUUUAAGAAUUUCGUAUCGACUCGUGGAAGCGGAGCAGAAUGCGGCCGGAUGGCCUCCUUGGCUCACCUCUGUUGCAGGGGAAGCUAUCCAAGGAUGGGUGCCUCUCAAGGCAGAUUCAUUUGAGAAAUUAGACAAGAUUGGACAAGGUACGUAUAGCAGUGUGUUCCGAGCACGGGUUGAAACUGGGAGGAUGGUUGCCUUGAAGAAGGUGCACAUUGAGAAUUUUCAUCCUGAGAGCAUUAGGUUCAUGGCAAGAGAAAUAGCAAUCCUACGUAGGCUUGACCACCCAAACAUUAUGAAAUUGGAGGGUAUAAUUACAUCACGACUAUCAAGUAGCAUAUACCUUGUAUUUGAAUACAUGGAACACGAUCUUGCAGGCCUAGUUUCCUCUCCGGACAUCAAGUUCAGUGAGACUCAGGUUAAAUGUUACAUGAGGCAAUUGUUAAGUGGACUUGAACACUGCCACAUCCAUGGCGUCAUGCACCGUGACAUCAAAACAUCCAAUAUAUUGGUGAAUAAUGAGGGUGUUCUCAAGAUAGGAGAUUUUGGAUUAGCAAAUACCCUUAAUAACAAGAACCCAUUAACCAGCUGUGUAGUGACUCUAUGGUAUCGUCGUCCUCCUGAACUUUUGAUGGGAUCAACAAACUAUGGAGUAUCAGUGGAUCUGUGGAGUGUAGGCUGUGUAUUUGCAGAACUUUCUGGGAAGCCUCUUCUUAAGGGGAGAACUGAGGUUGAACAGUUACACAAAAUAUUUAAGCUUUGUGGCUCUCCACCUGAUGAGUUCUGGAAAAAGUCUAAGCUUCCUCUUGCAACAAUGUUUAAACCUCAGACUCAUUAUGAAUGCACUCUAAGGGAGCAGUGCAAAGAAUUUCCAGUUACUGCUGUAAAUCUAAUUGAGACUCUACUUUCCGUUGACCAAAGUAGGCGUGGGACUGCCUCCUCUGCCCUAAUGUCUGAGUAUUUCAGCACCGAGCCUUAUGCUUGCGAUCCAUCAAUUCUGCCAAAGUAUCCACCUCACAAAGAAAUGGAUGUCAGGGAUUUGGAAGAAGCACAAAGGUAAGAAAAUUGUCGCAAGACACAUU